AUGUUCAACAUUGGAGAGCAAGUGCAAAUCCCGGGUUGCUCCACGAAAAAGCGAAUUUUGGAGACAUCCUCAGGUUGUCCGAGUUUGGACACGUUGAUGGGCGGCGCGUUGACCGGAUCUAGUUUGGUGUUGAUUGGUGAGUGAAUUUGCAGUGUGUUUUGACGCCAAAAACACGCUGUAGGUCAUAUUUUCGCGACAAAACCCAGAUUUCAAAAAUUCCAAGUUUCAGACGAGGUCAACAGUCGCUACUAUUCCGAAUUUCUUAUCAAAUAUUUUCUGGCCGAAGGAGUCUCCCAAAAACAUCACUGCAUUUUGGUAGAUCCGCUAGAUUCAUCGGAAAAAUUGCGAAAUUCGAUCCCAACUCGAAAAAUCGCGGCUGAAACUCCUGCAAACGUUGCACCGCGAAUUUCGCCAGAAGAAGACAUGAAAAUCGCAUGGCGCUACGAGAAAAUCGCAAAAGUUAGCGAAAAGUCGCAAGAGGAUCCAUGGAAUUUCCAAAACCACGUGGAAAAUCCCGAAAUUUCGCUGAUAGCUGCGACGAAUUUUGCGGAUUUGCUCGCAAAACUCGCCGAGCUUCUAGCGACGCAUGCGAAAAAGGGUGCGACGAAGAAUUUGAUGCGAUUGGUGAUUCGCGGGAUUACUUCGGCGAUUUGGGAGGAUGUGGAGAGUCGCGCAAAGUUUUUAGCAAUUUUGAGGAGGAUUUUGAGAGAAAGUUGGGCGGUUUGUUAUUUGGUUGGAUGUUCGGAGGAAGUCGCGGUGAGUUUUUUGCGAAUUUUUCUUUUUUCACCCAAAAAUCUGAGAUUUUUGCAGCCUGCCACGUGGCGACAAAUCGAAUCCAUCGCCGACGCGCAUUUCCAACUCAAAGAAUUCGAUGAGGACGAGAAAAAAGACCUACAAAUUUCUGGGCAACGCAAACGGCUAUUUUUAUCUGAAAAAUUUACCCAAACUUCAAAGUGUUGGCAGUUUUUGCCCACCGAUUUUGGACCUGAUUUUUGAGGCACAUAGUCAGAAAGGUUCGGGAUUUUUUGGGGAUUUGGAAUGAGUCUAAAUAAGGCUAGGCCUAGGCCUUAUUUAGGCAGGCUAAUUUUUUAGGUCUAGAUUAGGCCUACAAAAUGAGCCUAAACAAGGCUAGGCCGAAACUAUAAUAUAGCUUAGUUAGGCUCAUUUUCUUGCUCUAAAAAAAUCUAUAAAUCAAGUCUGAGCAAGCCUGAAAUUGGACUUAGGCCUUGUUAGGCUUUUGUUAGCCUCAUUAUGAAGCCUAGUUUCAAGCCUAUAAAAUAAGCCUAAAUCUAGGCCAAGCCUAAAUCAGGCCUCAUUUUGAAGCUCCCAAUCUUGGCCUAGUUUUCAAGCCCAAUUUUCCAGGCUUCCAAAUCCGAGUUCUCCAUUUGCCACCAGCUUUGGACGACGAAAAAUCGACAAGUUCUUGUCAAAAAAUCGAUUUUUAA